AUGAUUUCUCACCGUGUGUGAUAGUUUUUCUACCUCUAAAGACAGAGUCAGAUGCUGAGAAAGAAGAUCUACAAGUAUUGCCCUUGCUCAAUAACUCUUUUGUGUACAUGUAUUAAAUAGUGUCUCUGUGUAGUUUGUUGGACAAGACCCAUAUGUUGAGGUUUAGGGUAACUUGCUGCAGCCUAUGGCCAAGUCAUCAUCUGGCAUCCUAGACAGUGGUACUGGGAGUUUGCCAGGCCAUAGAAAGCCAACUGUGACUGCAGUUUAUUCGUCGUCAUCAAGAUGUUGUUGUCUUAGUAACGGUGGUUCAUUCAGAAUGGUGAGAAAUAUGCCAGAGGAGUCCUAUGCCACUGUCCCAGUAGCCAAAUCUGGGACAAAGCCACGUCCAAGUCGUCAACAGUCAACCAGUCCCUGCCUUAGUACUAGUCGGCUUGAUGCAUCCAUGCGUCUGGAUCCACAGGACUUCAAUCUGGCUAGUCCUACGCGUCAUGCCCGCUCAAGGACAGUGUCCCUACCUUUACAAGGUAGUAUGGACCACAAACCAAACUGUCAUUGCCCUGCCUGUUGUGCAUGCCCUGACAGACUUUCUAUGCCCUCUCGAAACUGUUCACACCACCGGAGUGUUCACCUGAACACAACAAUCUCUGUCAGUAGCUUGCCCUUCAGUAGCUCAUGUAGUGAUCAUAGUGCCAGUUGCACAAGUCCAACACCAAUCCAGUCCUGGACGCACUAUAACAGGCCUUCAGAUAAUAGGUAUAAGUAUCGUCGAAGUGACUACUCAAGUGAUAGUGAUGAAGAAAUGACAUCCGAUCCAGUUGAAAUUGUUGCUGCGACAGCAUCUUGCCCUACUUUCACUUUCGAUCGUCCUGAAAGUGAAAGUAGUAGUUAUUUGCCAAUGGAUGAUAACCACCCACAUCCAGCCAGCAGACCUUACCAUUCUCAUUACCCCCUAGGCACAGCAUUCUCAGACCUUAUUGAUAAAAUUGACAAUGAUGCAGUGGUCUCAGUGGCAGCAAAUAGAACGGGGUCUUUGGAUGGAGAUGAAGAUACCUCUCAGGAUAGUGUUUUUCUCAAAGAAGGGAUUAGCCCAUACAUGUUCAAGGACAGGUUUGGGGCCAUAGUAAAAUGGUUUUCAGAAUUUGAUGAUGAGCAAAAGAAUAUAGUCCUGAAACGUCUUUUGAUGGACUGCAGCUUGCCACAGUUCCACCUACUUUCUGUGAAGAUGGAGGCUAACUUACAUCGAGGCUGUCCACCCAAUUGCCAGGAUAUUAUCACCUGGUUACCUGAUAAUUUAGCCACAAAAGUAUUUUCGUAUCUUGACCCAGUCAGCCUUUGUCAAGCCUCUCAGGUGUGCCUGGAUUGGAAAAAAUUGGGAGGAGAGUUAUCUCUUUGGCGACGAUUCUGUUUUCAACCGAAGUGGCGACUGUCAAAGGCAGCAGAACACAAGCAAGUCAUUAGUCACAUGUCACCUGAAGGAUCCAUCCAGUGGAAGCUCGUGUUUGCAGAGCGGUUUCGCCUUCGUAAUAAUUGGUUGAAGGGGAGAUGUACAGUUCGAACAUUUGAAGGUCAUACACAAGGCAUUUCAUGUGUCCAGUUUGAUGAUACACGAAUAGUCAGUGGAUCAUCUGACAAGACCAUUAAGGUUUGGAAUAUUCGUACAAAUGCUCCCUGGUCUGUGCAGACAUUAGUAGGACAUAGUGGAACUGUGCGAUGCCUUCACUUAGAAGGUAACAGGCUGGUCAGCGGGUCAACAGAUCGUACAAUUAAGGUGUGGGAUUUGUCUACUCGUGACAGUUGGUCAAGUAUUGCUUGCAAAGUUACCAUGAUCGGUCAUACAGACACUGUUAGAUGCUUGCAGGUUGAUGAUGAUAAAGUCAUCAGUGGGUCCUAUGACAAAACUUUAAAAAUCUGGGACAUGAGGACAGGUGUAUGUAAAUUAUCGCUCAGGGGUCAUCAAGCAGCAGUCUUGUGUAUACAUUUUAAUGAGACUAAGAUCGUCUCCGGGUCAUGUGACAAAACCAUAAAGGUUUGGAAUUUUGCUGGUCAGUGCAUGAUGACAUUGACAGGGCAUCAGGAUGCAGUGACAUGUUUGCAGUUUGAUUCCACUCGCAUUGUUAGUGGUUCCCUUGAUUGCAACCUCAAAUUUUGGGACAUCCACACUGGCCACUGUAUUAACACUAUAGACUGGAAGGCAGCAGAAGGUCACACUGGUGUUGUCAGAUGCCUUCAAGCAGACAGCUGGAGGCUUGUCAGUGCAGCUGAUGACAAGACACUAAAGGUGUGGAAUCUGGAGACUGGCCAGAGAUUGGUGACGCUACGAAACCACACUGAUGGAGUGACCUGCCUGCAGUUUAAUGACUUUCUUAUUGUGUCUGGAUCAUAUGACAAAACUGUCAAACUGUGGGAUUUCAGUAGCUGCUAAAGGCACUGCAGCACAUUGGAUCAUUUGCAACUCAACAGAAAAAUUCUUUUUUUUACCUUUAUUAUUGUCCGUCCAUAUUGUUCUGCUUAUAUAACAGUAAUGCCAGGGCAGAAAUCUGGGAUGCUUUCCUGCUAGCAGGCAAACCUCUGUGUUGUUGUCGUUAUUCAUGGGUGCUGCUCUGUUCUCACGAAUUAUCUGUAUGUCACUUCAAAAUGCUCCUCUCUUUUGAUGUAUAUGUAUAUGGUUUGAUGCUGAAGUAUACUCAUUAAUCUCAGGCACUACACAAAUAACACAUGGUGGUGGAAGGUAGACUAUGAUGUUCCACCCACCGUAAUGCACAGUUUUUGAGUUAGGACAUAAUGACCACAUAGUGGAUCCUUUUGAACUGUCAUCAAAAAGUAUCCCUUUUUUUUUACUUUAUAACACACAGUGCCACAAAAUAACAUAGUUUAGAUCAUUAACGUAAUUGUUUUUACAUAAUUUUCAUUAUUAAUUUAACAGAAUAGUUUAGUUUCAUGUAUGGACACUACCAUGCUUUGGAGCUGAGACAUCAUACCUCCUAGGGAUUUGACUCUCCUGUCAUGUUGUAUACAGUAAACAAAAAAAUCCUUAAGUGGUGAGAGUACAUUUGCUGUUAAUCAGAACAAGUGUGCUAUUCACAAAGCAGCCAUACAGGUAUAGCAUAGUUUUUGUGCAGGGGUUUGGCAGGGCGCUUGUAAUGUUCUGUGUACAUACCUUCCAUGUUAUGACUUUGUUAUGGUAGAUAUGUGCAGUGAAUACUUUAUGAAACUGUCCCCUGAUUGCCACAGUAACUGCUUAUACUGCAUUUCACCCAAAGUUUAGCAUUUUUAAAGUGAUACAUUUGUCUUGAUUCUGAUUCAUCCACAUAAUAUUACCAUUUAAAUGUUUUUUAUAAAGGUUGAUUUCUUAUCAGAAAAAAAAGUGUAAACAUCAAAAGUACCAUUUUAAGGCCUUUAUGGACUUGAAAGUGCAUUUUUACCUGCCAAAUUUAAGGUGAAAUACAGUACAUAAGGUCUGUGCAAUUUGUGAAAUUUACAAUUUUGAUGAUUUUAGGAUAACCUACACUGUGCAUUGCCUCCAGAGACUAUUCUUGCUACUUGCAGCUGUCAAAUCAACAGUUCUUCAUUUUUUUAUAGUCAGAUAAUGUAACAUGAUGAACUCUGCACAUCUUGAUUCUGCACCCUUGUCCAGCUGGUAAUAAGUUUCGGUGAACAUUCUGCUGUUGCAGUCAGUGAACAGAACCAUCCAUCUUUUAAUGAUAGAACUGGUGUAUGGGUACUGUGUAUAGUCAGAUGCCCCACUCUCAGUGGAAUCUGGGCGUAAGAUGCAUACAUUUUUUCUCCUGUGUUUGUAGUUUAACAGUACAAAUUUCUAAUUGUUUAUUCCUCUUCAUAGCAGUUCAUUGUAAUGAGUUGAAGCUCAAGUUUGAAAACACACUAUAUUGUUUGUUUUAAGCAAAAUUAUGGUCCAUUAGAAAUAAUUUGUGCUGGCUUUUCUGAAGACAGAUUUCUGAAAAAGUUUAUAUUAUCAUCGAAGUAUAGGCUUUGUCAUUCUGAGUGUCACAUCAUUUGAUAAAGAUGGGACUGGCAGUAACACUUGUGUUUAAUAUCUGAACAUGAGUCAUUUUACAACUGAAACCUUGUGAACCCUCCCAGUAGAAAAAUCAUGAUGUAAACUGAAAACAUAAAGAUAAAAGGUAGCAUUUGUCAAAAAUACUGGUAACUUCUUAUGGCUUUGGAAGAGACUAAAUCUAAGUUCGAAGAUAUAGAAAAUAUAGAUUAAGUAAAACGAAAGCUUUGAUUCUAUGUGGCGGGGCCUCCGUGGCACAGUUGGUUAGUGCGUUAGCACAGCGUAAUGACCCAGGAGUCUCUCACAAAUGCUGUCACUUUGAGUUCAAGUCCAGUUCAUGCUGGCUUCCUCUCCGGUCGUAAGUGGGAAGAUCUGCCAGCAACCUGCGAAUGGUCGUAGGUUUCCCCCGAGCUGUGCCUGUUUUACUCCCACCAUAAUGCUGGUUGCCGUCGUAUAAGUGAAAUAUUCUUGAGUACGCCGUAAAACACCAAUCAAAUAAAUAAAUAAAUUGAUUUUCUGCAGAUUACAUUUAUACCUUAUUCAAUGAAACUAAUCCAUGGAUGCAGCUGUCUAUAGCUUUGUGACAUUGGAGAACAUAGGUGUGGUAAAGGCCUUGUUUUUGAUCCUCUGAUAUAGCCAGCAAUUACAUGUACAUGCAAGCUUGUGUUAAAGUAAGGGAUGGCUUCACCAGUAAUAUGUACACUGACUUAUUAUUUUGCUAUGUCCCACUUUGGCAUGCCCUAAAAAUAAUGGCCCAUGAUGGUAACCUGCCUGCCUCAAAUAAUUAAGUGACUUGGAUACUAACAGGUUAAUAUACUGUACUUGACCUAAGAAAGGUCUGUUUUUGGGGUAUUUUUGGAAGGUUGGAUUAUAUUGUACUGGAAAAAUGUAGGAAGGAGAUCACAGGUCUUAUUCCACCAACAUAACCUCUCCAAAUGUUGGUGGUUUUCUUCGGUCUCUUCCACAAACUAAACUGGCCAUAAGCGUACAUGUGAAAAGUUCUUGAGUGGAUGUGUGUCCAAAUAAAGUAAAAAAUUAAUAAAUUCAUGUGUUGGCGGUCUAUCAUUGUGAGCAUUCUUUAUUGCUGGCAAGCUCAUGUUUCAUUUACUGACACCUGUUCAUACUUCAUGCACAAAAUUGGUGCUUGCUGACUGAUGGGAAAUCUAUGCUAAUGCUGCUGAAUGUGUACCAGUAGGCCUUCAGAAAAAUUCCCAUUUCAUCACCCGUUUAGAAUUCUAUAGUCAUGACAUGAGGUCUCAACCUUAUGGUAUGGUGGAGCCAAAUUUCCAGCCCUGGAAUGUUUUCAAUUCUCUGUGAGAUGUAACUUUACUGUGCUAUUUUUGUAACUCUGAAACUUGGAAGAUGGAUGUCAUCGCUUUUGGAUACUUUUUUUCUUUUGUAUACCAGCUUGUGUUUACCCCAUUCUGCCAAAAAAAUGACAUCUUGUCACAGUGGCAAGUCACUUGGAAAGUGCAUGUUGGUGUGCCUAAUUAACAUUGCCUUAAAGGCUUCAUAGCCUUUCCCAGUUCUUUGUAACUGCAGUAUUGACAUCCAUUAAGUCUUAACAUAAAUGUACUUAACUUCAUUGGAAGACAUGUACAUGUAUGUAGGCCUUAGUACAUUUUUAUAAUAUUUGAAUUGCAGCUCAUAGAGUUGAUUGAUUGGGAUAGGUGAUGAUUACAGAUUUACAAGUUUUGUGUCUGAACUUUAUUUCCUAGAUUCCCAAGGGUGUUGUUCCUAGUUCUGAAUAACUGGUAUGCCAGUUUGAUAUUUACAAAUGGUCCCAGUGCAGUUACAUGUAGAUAGUACUGUUUGGAAUAUUUGUAGUUUGUUUUAUAAAGUGUUUGGUAAUGUGUUUUAUUGGUCAGCAUUAAUAUUUAUUGCCUUGCUUCAGCAUUGGAACAACCCACCAGAAAUGAUCUGGUUAUUUAGACUGACAAUCAUAUAAGCUGGCCAAAUGCUAUUGCUGCAUAUGUACCCACAUGCCUCAUAAACACCAUAAUUAUAAUUGAUCAUUACGAAUUGUAAUUUUUGUGUGUGUGCGUUUUCCAGAGGAAGUGAGCUAUUGGUCAAUGUACAAACUCUCUCAGAUGGCCAUUAUGAACUGGUCUUUAUUAUGCAACAUUCAUUUUGUCACACAACAGGUGACUUUUUUUUUUUGUUGCUUGUUACUUAAGAACUUUUAACCGAUUCUCAGGUCCUAGAGAUAUGUGAUGGCCAUGUAAGAUGACAUGAAUUGGUAAUCUCAUUAAUAAUGCCACAGUUUGUUAACCCUGUUCAGCCUGGUCCAUAAUUAUAUCCUUCAUGAAACAGGAGAAAGGACUGCCAUGGAACAUAGUCUGCAUAUGACGGCCUCUCUCCUUCACACUAAAUUUAAGUACUGGUACUUGCCAGAGUGUAAGAUGAUAUAUGUUUCGUGGCCUUACCCUAACAUUGUUAGAACAGUCAGCCAGAAGUUAUGUCGUCAGUAUCAUUUGUAUGCCUAAGACCUGCUAGGUUGAAAGUGAAAUUGGAUAAUAUCCAGCUUUACUGAAUUUUCUAGUUAGUCCAGCGACUAACCAUGAAAACAUCAUGUGAAGCAAUUCAGUAUGUGGUCACUGUUAUGUACAUGUAUAUUUGUGGAAUUCAUCUAAUGUAAGAUGGAAUGCAAAGUAUUUUGCUGUGUAUACCCAUGCGAGAAUUCUGUUGUAUUGUUUGUGCUGUGAAUUUGCAUGGUGCUGAUUCUUGGUAGGUCCUGCAUGUAGAUAUUAGAGAUUUAAUGCAUGCAUGGUCUGAACAAUUGUACCAUUAUUAAGACAAUGUGUCUGGAUAUUUUACAUUCAGGGUUAAACUGUUUCUCUCUGUGAUUUUCCUUUUUGCCACAUUGUUAGUGUUGAUUGCCAAUUUUGAUAGGUGUGCUUACUAGUUAUACAUACAUUACAAAAAUGAUAGAGUAUGAUUUUAAAUUGUGGUUGUGCUCAGCCUUGUCCUGAAGAUUAAUUGAUGGUGUGUGUGGAUUGUUAUGGUAGGUGUAAAUCAUCUAAAAUUUUGCCCAUGACACCAUUGCACAAGUAGUGCAAUUUACCCAAUACCAACAGAUACAUUGAUCUUUGAAAGGUAUUUUGAGGUUUAUUUGAUAGGAUAUCCUGAUGGACACAAUGUAAGUUUUAACACCAACAGUAAUAUUUUGACAUUUGUACAUAUAAAUGCAAGGUUUUGGGCAAAAUUUGGGGCCGUUUUCCAAAGGUAUCAGUGUAUAAUAGUUUAAAUAUCACUGAUUUAAUAUAUCAUUUGACUUGUAUACCAAUUAACCUAUAUGGUAAAUACAAAAAAAAGAAAAAAAGAAAUUCACUUCAUUGGUAAAUUGAAACCCAUUAUUAUUUACAUAUAUUUUUUUUAUGUUGUGAUCUACUGCAUGGUCUAAAAGAAUACAGUAUUAUCAAAGAUACCCCACCUUGAAAAAGAAGCUUAUGAUCAAAUUAGUCCAAGGGAUUAUUACCUCUCAAAGAUGUAAUUAUCUUGGUGGUAUAUCUAUGCACUGUUCAGGACAAGUAAUCUAUUCUUUUCAGCAAAUUUCAAAUACUUCAGAAAGUGGGAACUUGAAAAGCUGAAAAUAUGUCAGCAUAGGCAAAUGUAAUAUGUGAAACUGGAGAGGUCAGGCAUUUGUAAUGAAGUCAAUGAUAAUUAAGGUGCAAGAUGGUUUGAUCUGGCAUCUCUUGGGCAAGAUCCUCAAGGGACGUUACCACCGUCCGCUCAACACUUGAAGUGUAGGCUACAGCUUUUGUAUUGUAAAA